AUGUCUGAAUAAUAAUAAAACUAAAGAUAAUAGCACAAUUCCUCCACAAUUAACGUAAGCAGAACUACAACUUCAAGAACAAUUUAAACCAGAAUUAAAGGUGCUUUAAAUCACCAUGAAAAGGUAACAGUAAGUGGAAUCGGUAGUGCUGUUGAAAACGUUGUCUAAUCAGUUGCUGAAUUGUAAUAAAAAAAAUUAGUUGUUAUUGCUAAAACAACUACUAAUUUAGCUAACUAGCAAUCUCAAAGAUAAUCACAUUAAUUGUUGGUCGAAUUAACUAGAGGAGAAGAAUUUAAGUUAGGUGGCAAUUAAUAAUAAGAACAAAAUUGA